AUGACAGAAGCCAGUAUUUCAGUGGCUCAGGAUGAGUUCAGCUGUUCAAUCUGUCUGGAUCUACUGAAGGAUCCAGUGACCAUCCCCUGUGGACACAGUUACUGUAUGAACUGCAUUACAGACUGCUGGAAUGGUCAGAGGAGAGUUUACAGCUGCCCUCAGUGCAGACAGACCUUCAGUCCAAGACCUGCUUUAAACAAGAGUGUGAUGCUGGCUGAAAUGGUGGAGAAACUGAAGAAGACAAAAGUCCAAACAGCUCAGGCUCUCCGUUAUGCUGGACAUGGAGAUGUGGAGUGUGACAUUUGUACUGGGAGAAAAUAUAAAGCUGUCAAGUCCUGUUUGAUGUGUCUAGAAUCUUAUUGUCAAACUCACUUUGAGCGCCAUGAGGAAUUUCACACAGGUAGGCGACACAAACUAAUCGAUGCUACUGGACGACUGCAGCAGAUGAUCUGCUCUAAACAUAACAAACAACUAGAAAUCUUCUGUCGUACUGACCAGCACUGCAUCUGUUAUCUGUGUACGAUGGAUGGACAUAGAAAUCAUGACACUGUAGCAGCUGUAGUUGAGAGGACAGAGAAACAGGUAUGA